AUGUCGAUGCAGCAGCGAGGGCGUGGCGCGCGGGCUCGAGGUGGACGCGGCAGGGCAGGAUAUUCAGGGCGCCCGCGAGUCGUUGCGAGCAAAAGCUGGAGAAAACUGCAAACCCAAGAGACCCUUGCGCCGGUGCUCGGAUCUAAGCUGGCUGAGGUGCAUGAAAGCAAUCUGGCCGAUGUUAGUAGGGUUGAUGAGAAGUCCGCAAAAAUAUCCGACUGCAAGGAUAUCGCAUCGUUCAACUGGUUAAAUGAGAAAGAACCUACGAUAUUGAUACCAGGAAAUCCACCCGCUUGGACGCCAUUGCCGCAUCCCAGCAAGUUGAAGGAGGAUGCUGGGGAAUACUUUCGUGACCAGAACGCUGCGCGCUAUCCUUCUUACCCGAUGCAGCCGGCUGUCGAGGCCAUAUUGACGCAGAAUCCCGAUAUUUCUACCGAGAGCAUCGAUAUCGUUGGUUGUGGCAGUACGAUCGGGAAUCUCUUGCGUUUUGUUCGCAAGGUCGACCGUGAAUUCAAAAUGCUUGUCGAGGUGGUUGGGUCGACGGUCUUCUUCGUUCGAAGAGAGAAUUCCCCGAGAGAGCUUCUUCAAAACGUUUACGGGUAUGGACAUAGCUUCCCAGAAGCAUACACAUCAUGGGCACCUAGCGUCAAGGGCUCUGAGUCGCAUCAAAGAUUGAUAAUGUACACCUUCGGGGAUCUGAAAUGUGUCGUACGGUUCGAAGCAGACGGGUACUUUCCUGGGUUCAUGCAGGAGCAGUCCAAAGACAUACGGCAGAAUGCAAAGAUUGACCGAGAAAUUGAUGCCGACCGGGGGCUGGCUUCCAUUUUCGGAGAUACAACCUUGGGCAGACGCGACCCCGGCUCAAUCUCAGGGAAGGAAUCCCUUACAAUUCAAAGUGCUGGAGAUCAUGUGCCGCAGUCUGCCAUAUUUGACCUGAAGACCAGAUCAAUUCGAAAGAAGGAUAGCGACGUUCUCGGAGAGGAGCUACCUCGUCUGUGGGUAUCACAGAUUCCUCACUUCUUGCUUGCAUUUCACAAAGCCGGAGUAUUUGGUUUGGAGGAGAUGCAAAUCCGCGACGUCCGAGAAAACGUUGCCAAAUGGGAGGAAAAUGAAAGGGAUAGCUUGCGCCAACUAGCCGCCUUGUUGAAGCUAUUGGUCGCCUUUGCUCGCACCCGACCGGAUGGUCGAUUUGAACUGGUUCACGAGGAGGGGAGAAGAGUGCUCGAGUUGCGAGAGGUCCGCGAUGAUGUGCUCAGAACUCUGCCGCCUACUCUGUGCAAAAGAUGGACGAAGGAGGGCUUGGAUGCUGAUGACGAUGACAAGCCGUCGUCUCUGAGAACAGAUGAUCAGGAUAAGUAUACGGAUCUGAAUUGGGACACCGGAUCUGAGAAGGACUAUACGGCCUGUGAUGCUAAGUGUGGGUACUGUGGUUCCUGUAUAUACUAA